AUGGCAGAGAAAGGCGUCUAUGAUUCACCUGCUCCAGCGUAUGGAGCACCCCAGCAGAGUGGGUACGGUGCGCAACCACCAUACGCUCAGCAACCUCAGCAAUAUCCACCUCAGCAAGGUUAUCAGCAGCAGGGUUAUCAGCAACAGUAUCCUCAACAGCAACAGUAUCCUCAGCAGCAACAGUAUCAGCAGCAGCAAUACCCUCAGCAACAGCAACCAGGCUACUAUGCUCAGCCACCACCUCAAACCGUUCUUGUUCAGCAGCAAGCUCAAAAGUCUAAUGCUGGUGAAGCUGCCUGUUGCGGUUUUUUUCUCUUGAAUUAUCAUUUUUUGUAUUGUAUGGCAAAAGUUACUCGAACACCAAUUGCUCGCCUCGAUCCAUUGGACAAUGCUUUCUUGGCUAUAGCCAAAGGUGCCAUUGCUUCGUCCCCUCAUGGGGACCACUCUAUCAAAAUCAAUGUUGCCAUCAAUUAUACUUUGUGUCGUGUGGAUGGUCAAGAGUCGAUACAGAAACAGCGACCCAAUAAAGAACGAAAGAAAAAACAACCAAGUGUCGAUGCAUACAAACGGCUUUACAUCACCUACUCUAUUGGUGGUCAAAUCGAAGGCAAGACAGAGCCUUUUUCAAUAUCAGGAAACAACUGGUCUGUCGUGCAUGAUAUCAAUAUUGCCAAUGAAUUCAUCACAAACUUGUACCAUAAGCCACCCGAGUUUGUGAUUUGGGAGAUUGUCCGAACUGAUGAUCACGAUAAAGAUGGACCGCAGAGUUUAACAAGGAAGAUUCCCAAUAUGGGAGACGAAGGCGAAGAAACCCCCAGUAUCGAGUUUUCAGCAAAGGAAAACAGAUCCCGCUCUGAUCAUACCCAAAAAUUCCCAAUUUCCUUGGCACAAACUGCUAUUAAAACAAAACCAGUUCGAAAUUCAAAACUAAACAAGCGUGAAAUGAGUGUUCCUCCAGUCAAACCUCCAAAAGAAAGUAUCGUCAGCCCAUCUCAGAGCCAAAAGGCAGAUGUGAAAAUUUCAGAAACUAUGCGUUCUGAUUCAGAAGCAGUCAAUCGUAACAAUAACACCACUGAUGAACCUAAUCAGAAUCUUAAUAGUAGCAUCAAGCAUCAAUUUGCGCGGCGCCAAUCGUUAUCAAACCCUGAUUUAAAUGUAUCGUUUGAACAAGGAGCUCACGAGUUCAAAUCAUUGGUUUCAAAGCGUGCCAACAGCUACUCCCCUCCACUCGACCAGAUUCGUCCUGGCUCACCAUUACAUCGGUUUCUUAACGAGGAUUUUGGUAUAGGCCCUCAACCUCGAGAAAAACAAAAGGGCAAAGAAUCAAUCCAUGCACCACCCAGAGCAUCAAGUCGGGAAGCAGCACAUCCUCAUCAUUUUAAUCACCCAGAAAAACAUGUAUCUGCAGAUGUGCACCAACGCACACCAAUUCGUUCGAGAUCGUCAUCAUCUCUAGCAGGUAUUGGAUUAAUGCAUCAAAAAACACCUCCUAGUCCACACCAUCAUGACCAUCCCCUGACCAUCCUGGCACCUCAUGGUCGUAUAAAAGAAGCCAAUUCUACAAAAACUACUGGCCACUCUGAAAAAUUGAAAAACAAUCAAAUUGGUAAAAUUGAUAACUGCCAUGCUUCAAUGCCUGCCCAUCUUUUCAAGAAUACUUUACUGAACAAGUCGGGACACGCUUUUCGCGAAAAAAAUAAGAAUAUCAGUAGCAGUUUGGACGAUACAAAGCAUAUUCGAUGGAACAUGGAUGGGACAGCAUCCACACGCAAUAUGAACCAAACGGCACUUUCAUUGGAAGAUGUAGAAAAACAAUCAAACGAUCAGAGUAUUGAUGCACCCACUGAAAAGUUGCUGUUGGAUAAAAAAAAGGGAGAAUAUACCCAUAUUCCAAUUGGCAAGGUCGUUUUGGAUGUCACAGGAUUUUUUUUUGAUAUGACUGAAGCCAAAGCAAGAUUGAACCCACUGUGUAUCACUAUUGAUACUGCAGAUGGUAUGCCUGAUAAACCACUUGGGUUUGACGAGCUAGAUAGCAAGUGUUUGCCAGUCUCAGUAAAAUUCCAAUUUUUUAAUGACUAUAUGUUGCAUCGUUCUAUUCUUUCGAAUCAAUGUCAUGCUCGACAAAUGCAUUUUAAUAGUAAACAUUUGAUACUUACCGGACUAAUUGAUCCUGCACGACUUUGCGACGAGAUUUUCAAAUCACCUCUUUUGAUCGAGGUGCACGACCGUGAUCACAAGCUUUCGCCCGAUCUUUCAAAGAUUAGUGCAGAUUUAAAUGAUAAUGGUACCAUCAAUCAACCCAUGAAUCCAGUCAAUCCUUACGGAGUGGCAUCAUUUUCAUUGGUUGAGCUGUGUUCUGGAGAAACAGAACUACAGCUGAUUUCACCUAUUUUACCCACAAAGAUAAACUCUACAAAAAAGCACAAGACGCUUCCUGCUGGGUUUUGGCUAGAUUCGUCAGCACACUUGUCUAUUUUUAUUCAUCUACGGUUUCCGCUGAUGAAUAAAUUUUCUGCCGAACCUAUACCUACUGCUUUGGCUUUGUUUGGACAAGUUGUGAUAGCUUCUUGUUCAAGCGAUGAAACGAUUCCCAAUCUGGUUCAAAGUAUUGUUACUUGUUGUAAUGCAAAGGCAUUGAACUUAUCCACCUCUAGCCGUCAACCAAACCUUUCACUGCUUACUUAUCAGUUGUCAGAUUCUGAAAGACAUAGUUCUAGUUUGGAUAUUUUGACGGGCUAUGACAUAUUUGAUGAUCAAGUCAGAAUAAUGUAUAUAGAAGGACUUAUUGAUGGCAACCUUAAAGUUCUUUUGUCCUGUCUUCAAAGUAUAAGCGACAAGAUACCGUUUAGAGUGUCGACAUCUGUCAAAGCACUCAACUAUCCAAUGGCUUUGCGAAAACUACCGAUUGUGCUUCAUAUCCGUUUAGUACAGAAUCUUCAAGAAAUUCUACAUUCAACAAAAACCUAUAUUGGGGGGAAAAUAUCCAAAGAGUGUUUAGACUGUCUUUGUAUGCUUAACGAGACUAUAAACCUGGAUUCUUUUUUGGUGCGUAGCAAUUCGCUUGCAUUUCCAACACAAUCCAUGAUUAUGGCACUUGUCGAAUCUAUAGGAAAAGUUGUACAGUUUGAAUCAUCUAUCCCAUGCAAGGACAAUUUAAAGAUGGUGUCGGCUUGCGAUCGCCAAAAAGUAUUGAAUGACUUGGAUAGUGCGCAUGUUGCGAUCAAUGAUAAGACAAAGCAACCCAACCUGCCAAUCAACUACGGACGAUAUGGAGAACCCAUCAAUUACCCGAUUGGAUCUUUUGUUUUAUCUGCAAAAUCGGUUGUAAAUGCUAAUAAUAGUCAAGUAAUGGACCAGAUCAACCAAAGACGGUUUCAUAAGCCUAAUUUUGUUUCAAUGAAUAUACAGGCACAAAAGUUGCAAUCCAAGGCGCCUUAUCAACGUACGACCAGCAAUGAUGUAUACAACUAUUCAAUGCAAACCUAUUCAACUACUCAGCAGCAGAUUGAAGACUUGCGAACGCAAAUAUCAAAAGAUCCAACGCAUAUUUAUACAUAUUGCAAGCCAUAUUUAUCUCAGAUGGUAUCACUGGUUGAUUUUGAAUCUGAAGUCAAGACACAACAAUUGGAAUCUCGUCGAUUGUGGAAAUCACACAAGGGAUUUUGGGCCGGAGUUUCUGUAGUUGCCUUGCUUUGCUGUAACUCAUGCUCUUGGCGAACCAUGGUCAUUCUUAAAAACUAG